CCUCCCCCAUUCUACAAAUCUCUCCCCUCCCCCGCUCUCAGAAAGAGCACCAAAAUUCAGAAACCGAGAUUCAAUUCAAGAAAUUAACAAUGGCAGCAGCUGCAACAACAGAAGAGAAUCAUGUCGUCAAUUCCGGAUCUGAAUCAACAAACGGAACGGCACCAAGAAAGAUAGCUCUAAUCACAGGUAUUACAGGUCAAGAUGGAUCAUACUUGACAGAAUUUCUUUUACAAAAAGGUUAUGAAGUCCAUGGUUUAAUUAGGAGAUCAUCAAAUUUCAACACACAGAGAAUCAAUCACAUUUACAUAGACCCGCAUAAUCAUUCAAAAGCAUUGAUGAAACUCCAUUAUGCUGAUCUAACUGAUGCAUCAUCUCUUCGUCGCUGGAUUGAUGAAAUCCAUCCAGAUGAAGUUUAUAACCUUGCUGCACAAUCACAUGUUGCUGUUUCUUUUGAAAUCCCUGAUUUUACUGCUGAUGUUGUUGCUACUGGUGCUUUGCGUUUAUUAGAAGCUGUUAGAUCUCAUAUUGCUACUACUGGUAGAUCUCAUAUUAAGUAUUAUCAAGCUGGAUCUUCUGAAAUGUUUGGUGCUACACCACCACCACAAGCUGAAAACACACCAUUUCAUCCUAGAUCUCCUUAUGCUGUUUCUAAGGUUGCUGCUCAUUGGUAUACUGUUAAUUAUAGAGAAGCUUAUGGGAUUUAUGCUUGUAAUGGGAUUUUGUUUAACCAUGAAUCACCUCGUCGUGGGGAGAAUUUUGUCACCAGGAAGAUUACUAGGGCUGUGGGGAGGAUUAAAGUUGGGUUACAGAGUAAAUUGUUUUUGGGUAAUUUACAAGCUUCCAGAGAUUGGGGUUUUGCUGGUGAUUAUGUUGAAGCAAUGUGGUUGAUGUUGCAACAAGAGAAACCUGAUGAUUAUGUUGUUGCGACUGAGGAAUCACAUUCUGUUGAGGAAUUCUUGAAAGUUUCAUUUGGAUAUGUUGGAUUGAAAUGGGAAGAUCAUGUGGUUAUUGACAAGAGGUAUUUUAGACCAGCUGAAGUUGAUAAUUUGAAAGGAGAUUCUAGUAAAGCUAGAAAGGUUCUUGGAUGGAAACCUAAAGUUGGUUUCGAACAAUUAGUUAAAAUGAUGGUUGAUGAGGAUGUUGAAUUGGCUAAAAGAGAGAAAGUUCUUGUUGAUGCUGGUUAUAUGGAUGCUCAACAACAGCCUUAGUAAGCUGCUUCCUUUACUACAGUAAUAAUUAAUGUCUUUCUUUCUUUCUUUCUUUCUUUCUUUCUUUCUUUCUUUCUUUCUUUCUUUCUUUCUUUCUUUCUUUCUUUCGGUAUUACUAUAAUUGUCAACUUGUUAUUCAUUCGGUUCUUUAGCUAAUCGGUAAUGUUUUCUUCUGUGCUUUUUUUGUUUUCUCUCGAGUUGAGUUGGUAAUGUGUUGUUGUUUUUGUUUAGUUGGUAUGAAUCAUUUAUUCUAUGAAAAUGUUCGACUUUAAGAUCACUUACAGUAAAGAAUUUUGUUUUUUAAUGUUCA